UGAGUUGAGCCGGAUUUGACACUAGGAAGAAGAAGACAGUACAGGAAACGUCAGCAAACAUCAUCUGUUAGAAAUGGCGACAGGAGUGGAUCAAGCCGUUGGCAUGAGUCUUGUAGUCUUCAGCCUUGUGCUGUUCACAUACUACUCUGUCUGGGUCAUCGUCCUGCCUUUUGUGGACAGUGAUCAUGUACUACACAAGUAUUUUCUUUCUCGGGAGUACUCAGUCAUUCUGCCUGGUAUUGCAGCUGUAGUACUGCUCCUUUGCAUAGGAGCCUUCACUGCAGUUGUCAUGUGGAAGAAUCGAAAGCCAAAGAAAGUGGACUAAGUGGACAACGAACAACACAGAGACCACUGAGGGCUGGAGCACACAAUAUCCUAGAUCUUGAAUUGCGUAGUCUCUUAAUGUUUAAGCAUAAGCAAAAAUCAGACUUCUGUCCUGAACAGAUUGUGAAAAAUAUUUAUGCUCAAAAAAAUAUUUAAUGGAUUGCUAUUGAUUGACACACCAAAUCCAGUGGACAUAGUGAAGACAUUCAGCAUCAAUUAUAAACAACCAGACCAGAUUAUCAAAAACACAUCACCACCAGUGAGUCAGAAAAUAAGUGAAGACAUUACACAGAACAUCUGCAUAAAAAACAAGUUCUGACUGAAUUAUUCACUUGAUCCUUUUGAACAGAUUAUGUUCACUCUCACAGAAAUAUUUUUGUCAAAAAAAAAAAUAAAUCAAUCAAUGUAAUGGAAUUUUUUUCCUUGGUCAAAUUUUCAGUUCAGCCAAUUUGAAACUUUAUAGAAACUGUGUGUGGAGUUGAAAACAUCUGACUUUGGCACCUCCCAGUGGUGGUGUAUUAUCAGUAUCAAAACAACACUUAAAUGAAUAUAGACACUGAAUAGGAAUGUGCUUGAAACACCAUGUAGACUUUGUCUACUUCCUCAGAUGAGUGUCUUGUCAUUUAAGAUAGUUUUUCUCAGCUAUUUCAAGUAAGAUUUUUUUGAAAUAUGUAAUGUUUUUAAAAAACUGAGUCAGAUAUCAGCUGAAUGCUGACAUCAUUUGAUGAGUCACUGUGUUUGUUCUUAUUGAAAGAAGAAGAUUGAAUUACAGGAAUUCAUAUUGAUUACAUAUAGUGUAUAAAAAUGUGAUAUUUAAUAGACGAACACAUUUGAAAAUGACUUCUGCUCUACUUUAGUGUUUCUUCUUCAUUGCAAGUGGGAACCAGUGUCCGCAUGUUGUCACUUUUGAUUUUCCAUGUAAUUGACUUUAAUGUAGUUAGACAGAGGGUGGAAAUAUACUGUGUGGAAAUAAGGUCAGACUUAAUUUAGAAACUAUCAAUAACAUUUAUUAUUCAUGACCAAACAUCAAAGAUAGAGUCAGGGAGUGGUUUACUUGCUUAUGUUGUUACCAUUAGUUUAAAAUUAAAAACUGCUGUAACGUGACUUUCUGCAUGAGUCCCACAGAAAAACAGCAAAUACAGGAACAAAACUGUUCUAAAAUUGGCAGAAAAUUGUUGAAUUUAAAUGUUUUCCAGCCUAAUGCUCAUAUUAAGAGGCUGACGUCCAAAAUAGAUUUUCAGGAUGUGUAAUAUUCUCAGAAAAAAUGAUAAGUCUGUAAAUACUAUAACAUGCUGUAUAGGAGUCCAUUUUUAUAGGAUGUGAAUAAUGUAAAUUGUAAAUUUUGUCUCUGGCAUCUGGCCCAAAAUGUGCAAUGGCCAGUUUGCUCUGUAUUCAAUAAAAUGUUCAUUUUGGGA